AGUGUUCUACUCCCUGAGGGAGUGGGGAGGACGAGGGGACGAGGGGGAGUGAGUAGGGGGGUAGGGGAGGAGGAGAGGGAGGGAGAGGAGAGGGGGAGGGCGGAGAGUGGGGAGGAGAGAGGAGAGAGGAGAGGGGGAGGAGAGGAGAGUGGGGGAGGAGAGAGGAGAGGAGAGUGGGGGAGGAGAGAGGAGAGGGGGAGGAGAGGAGAGUGGGGGAGGAGAGAGGAGAAGAGAGAGGGGGAGGAGAGGAGAGUGGGGGGGAGUCUCGAGCUGCGGGUGGGAGAUAGAGAAGAGGUACGCUCUGUUCAUUCUCUCUGCUGCUGGCUCAGAGAUUAACUGGGAUAGAGAGGGAUUACAGUCUAACUUCCCCAGGAACGCUUUGUAGUGAAAUCACAGACAUGUUGUCACCGGGGCUGUGUACUGUGUUAGCUGCCUUACACUGAAGAGACCUGUUUCACGAGGUCAGGGGUGAAGGAUCAAGGAAGUAUCUGAGAAGGUAAGGUUUGAUUUUUUACUUUUGUAAACAUUGAUUGUUGAGAUUGUUGUCAGUGAUGGCUUGCCUGCAUCAGAGAGAGUCAACUAUUUGGAUAAGCUUAGCUAUAACAAUCAGCCAUACCACUAACAAUCAGCCAUACCACUAACAAUCAGCCAUAUCAUUAACAAUCAGCCAUACCACUAACAAUCAGCCAUACCACUAACAAUCAGCCAUACCACUAACAAUCAGCCAUACCACUAACAAUCAGCCAUAUCACUAAAAAUCAGCCAUAUCACUAAAAAUCAGCCAUACCACUAACAAUCAGCCAUACCACUAACAAUCAGCCAUACCACUAACAAUCAGCCAUACCACUAACAAUCAGCCAUACCACUAACAAUCAGCCAUACCACUAACAAUCAGCCAUACCACUAACAAUCAGCUAUACCACUAACAAUCAGCUAUACCACUAACAAUCAGCCAUACCACUAACAAUCAGCCAUACACACUAACAAUCAGCCAUACCACUAACAAUCAGCCAUACCACUAACAAUCAGCCAUACCACUAACAAUCAGCUAUACCACUAACAAUCAGCCAUACCACUAACAAUCAGCCAUACACACUAACAAUCAGCCAUACCACUAACAAUCAGCCAUACCACUAACAAUCAGCCAUACCACUAACAAUCAGCCAUACCACUAACAAUCAGCUAUACCACUAACAAUCAGCCAUACCACUAACAAUCAGCCAUACACACUAACAAUCAGCCAUACCACUAACAAUCAGCCAUAUCACUAACAAUCAGCCAUACCACUAACAAUCAGCCAUAUCACUAACAAUCAGCCAUAUCACUAACAAUCAGCCAUACCAUAAACAAUCAGCCAUACCACUAACAAUCAGCCAUACCAUAAACAAUCAGCCAUACCACUAACAAUCAGCCAUACCACUAACAAUCAGCCAUACCACUAACAAUCAGCUAUACCAUAAACAAUCAGCCAUACCACUAACAAUCAGCCAUACCAUAAACAAUCAGCCAUACCACUAACAAUCAGCCAUAUCACUAACAAUCAGCCAUACCACUAACAAUCAGCCAUACCACUAACAAUCAGCCAUACCACCAACAAUCAGCCAUACCACUAACAAUCAGAGGGGGAGGAGAGGGGAGAGAGGAAAGAGGGGGGAGAUAGAGAAGAGGUAGCUCUGUUCAUUCUCUCUGCUGCUGGCUCAGAGAUUAACUGGGAUAGAGAGGGAUUACAGUCUAACUUCCCCAGGAACGCUUUGUAGUGAAAUCACAGACAUGUUGUCACCGGGGCUGUGUACUGUGUUAGCUGCCUUACACUGAAGAGACCUGUUUCACGAGGUCAGGGGUGAAGGAUCAAGGAAGUAUCUGAGAAGGUAAGGUCUCAUUUUUUACUUUUGUAAACAUUGAUUGUUGAGGUUGUUGUCAGUGAUGGCUUGCCUGCAUCAGAGAGAGUCAACUAUUUGGAUACAUUUAGAUAUAACAAUCAGCCAUACCACUAACAAUCAGCCAUACCACUAACAAUCAGCCAUAGCACUAACAAUCAGCCAUACCACUGAUAACAUGUACAAUCCACUCUAGUCAUUUUGAUCCACUCUAGUCUUCCUCUGUGGAUAUUAAGUUGUAGUGUUGCUUUGUACUCAAAACAAUAGCUAUUCGUUUGAAGAAAGCACAGUACCAUCUACCAUCUGGCCUCGUCCAAGGACUUUAAUCACAGUAUGAUAAAUCACUCAUUAUAUAAGAUAACUAUCUGAGGUUUGUGUUAGCAUUUAAUCCCUGACUUCAUCCAUAUGUUUACUUUUAGAACAGAUCACCAAUGUCAAUGGGGAAGUUAACCCUAACCCUGGAUGCUCCUAACCCUAACCCUGGCUGCUCCUAACCCUAACCCUGGAUGCUCCUAACCCUAACCCUGGAUGCUCCUAACUCUAACCCUGGAUGCUCCUAACCCUAACCCUGGAUGCUCCUAACCCUGGAUGCUCCUAACCCUAACCCUGGAUGCUCCUAACCCUGGAUGCUCCUAACCCUAACCCUGGAUGCUCCUAACCCUGGAUGCUCCUAACCCUAACCCUGGACGCUCCUAACCCUAACCCUGGAUAACCCUAACCCUGGAUGCUCCUAACCCUAACCCUGGCUGCUCCUAACUCUAACCCUGGAUGCUCCUAACCCUAACCCUGGAUGCUCCUAACCCUAACCCUGGAUAACCCUAACCCUGGAUGCUCCUAACCCUAACCCUGGCUGCUCCUAACUCUAACCCUGGCUGCUCCUAACCCUAACCCUGGAUGCUCCUAACCCUAACCCUGGAUAACCCUAACCCUGGAUGCUCCUAACCCUAACCCUGGAUGCUCCUAACCCUAACCCUGGAUGCUCCUAACCCUGGAUGCUCCUAACCCUAACCCUGGAUGCUCCUAACGCUAACCCUGGCUGCUCCUAACGCUAACCUUGGAUGCUCCUAACUCUAAUCCUGGAUGCUCCUAACCCUGGCUGCUCCUAACCCUAACCCUGGCUGCUCCUAACCCUAAUCCUGGAUGCUCCCAACUCUAAUCCUGGAUGCUCCUAACCCUAACCCUGGCUGCUCCUAACCCUAACCCUGGCUGCUCCUAACCCUAAUCCUGGAUGCUCCUAACUCUAAUCCUGGCUGCUCCUAACCCUGGCUGCUCCUAACCCUAACCCUGGCUGCUCCUAACCCUAAUCCUGGAUGCUCCUAACUCUAACCCUGGAUGCUCCUAACUCUAACCCUGGAUGCUCCUAGUUCUAGGGUUUCUUUUUCAAUCUUCCAUGGCUUUGUGUUUGGGGAGGGUGGGGGUUCAACCGGAUGUGUGAUGAUUAGUAAGGGUGAAGAUAAAAGGUUACGUUGAACAUUCUGAGUAUUAGUAAGCUUUAGCUACAUCCUCUAUUUUUGCACACUGACAGUUGACUAGAUCAAAGCGUUUGCACGGUGUUCAUAUUGUUUAGUACAUAUCCAGUGGAGUCAUCUUAAUACACAGCAUUUUUUAUCAAUUUUAUUACAUUUUAAGCUAGUAAUCAAUUUAAGUUAUUUUUUAAGCUGCACUAUACAUUGUAACAUAUUUUAGUGUAUGGUGUAAUGGAUUUUAAUGUGGUCAGUUCAUCCGUCUAGUCCUCAGUUUGUGAUUCAUCUGCCGGUGUCCUUCUAGUUGAACCAGAUUAGUGUCUGUCUAUGGACCCUAGCAGUGGUCUGUCUAUGACCCAGCCAGUGUGUCUCUCCUAUGACCCAGCCAGGUGUCUGUCUAUGAACCCAGCCAGUGUCUUCUAGUGACCCAGCCAGGUGUCUGUCUAGUGACCCAGCCAGGUGUCUGUCUAGUGACCCAGCCAGGUGUCUGUCUAGUGACCCAGCCAGGUGUCUCUCUAGUGACCCAGCCAGGUGUCUGUCUAGUGACCCAGCCAGUGUCUGUCUAGUGACCCAGCCAGGUGUCUGUCUAGUGACCCAGCCAGGUGUCUGUCUAGUGACCCAGCCAAGUGUCUUCUAGUGACCCAGCCAGGUGUCUGUCUAGUGACCCAGCCAGGUGUCUGUCUAGUGACCCAGCCAUGGGUCUGUCUAGUGACCCAGCCAGGUGUCUCUCUAGUGACCCAGCCAGUGGUCUUCUAGUGACCCAGCCAGGUGUCUGUCUAGUGACCCAGCCAGGUGUCUGUCUAGUGACCCAGCCAGGUGUCUCUCUAGUGACCCAGCCAGGUGUCUGUCUAGUGACCCAGCCAGGUGUAUCUCUAGUGGACCCAGCCAGGUGCUCUGUCUAGUGACCCAGCCAGGUGUCUCCUAGUGACCCAGCCAGGUGUCUCUCUAGUGACCCCAGCCAGGUGUCUGUCUAGUGACCCAGCCAGGUGUCUCUCUAGUGACCCAGCCAGGUGUCUCUCUAGUGACCCAGCCAGGUGUCUCUAGUGACCCAGCCAGGUGUCUCUUAGUGACCCAGCCAGGUGUCUGUCUAGUGACCCACCAGGUGUCUCGCUAGUGACCCAGCCAGGUGUCUCUCUAGUGACCCAGCCAGGUGUCUCUCUAGUGACCCAGCCAGGUGUCUCUCUAGUGACCCAGCCAGGUGUCUCUCUAGUGACCCAGCCAGGUGUCUCUCUAGUGACCCAGCCAGGUGUCUGUCUAGUGACCCAGCCAGGUGUCUCUAUAGUGACCCAGCCAGGUGUCUCUAUAGUGACCCAGCCAGGUGUCUGUCUAGUGACCCAGCCAGGUGUCUCUCUAGUGACCCAGCCAGGUGUCUCUUAGUGACCCAGCCAGGUGUCUCUCUAGUGACCCAGCCAGGUGUCUCGUCUAGUGACCCAGCCAGGUGUCUGUCUAGUGACCCAGCCAGGUGUCUCUUAGUGACCCAGCCAGGUGUCUCUCUAGUGACCCAGCCAGGUGUCUCUCUAGUGACCCAGCCAGGUGUCUCUCUAGUGACCCAGCCAGGUGUCUGUCUAGUGACCCAGCCAGGUGUCUCUUAGUGACCCAGCCAGGUGUCUGUAUAGUGACCCAGCCAGGUGUCUCUCUAGUGACCCAGCCAGGUGUCUGUCUAGUGACCCAGCCAGGUGUCUGUCUAGUGACCCAGCCAGGUGUCUGUCUAGUGACCCAGCCAGGUGUCUCUCUAGUGACCCAGCCAGGUGUCUCUCUAGUGACCCAGCCAGGUGUCUGUCUAGUGACCCAGCCAGGUGGUCUCUCUAGUGGACCCCAGCAGGUGUCUGUCUAGUGACCCAGCCAGGUGUCUGUCUAGUGACCCAGCCAGGGUCUCUCUAGUGACCCAGCCAGGUGUCUGUCUAUUGACCCAGCCAGGUGUCUGUCUAGUGACCCAGCCAGGUGUCUGUCUAGUGACCCAGCCAGGUGUCUGUUAGUGACCCAGCCAGGUGUUGUCUAGUGACCCAGCCAGGUGUCUGCUAGUGACCCAGCCAGGGUCUGUCUAGUGACCUAGGCCAGGUGUCCUCUAGUUGAACCAGCCAGGUGUCUGUCUAGUGACCCAGCCAGGGGUGUCUCUCUAGUUUACCCAGCCAGGUGUCUGUCUAGUGACCCAGCCAGGUGUCCUCUCUAGUGACCCAGCCAGGUGUCUCUCUAGUGACCCAGCCAGGUGUCUGUCUAGUGACCCAGCCAGGUGUCUCUCUAGUGACCCAGCCAGGUGUCUGUCUAGUGACCCAGCCAGGUGUCUGUCUAGUGACCCAGCCAGGUGUCUCUCUAGUGACCCAGCCAGGUGUCUGUCUAGUGACCCAGCCAGGUGUCUCUCUAGUGACCCAGCCAGGUGUCUCUCUAGUGACCCAGCCAGGUGUCUCUCUAGUGACCCAGCCAUGUGUCUGUCUAGUGACCCAGCCAGGUUCUCUCUAGUUGACCCAGCCAGGUGUCUCUCUAGUGACCCAGCCAGGUGUCUCUAUAGUGACCCAGCCAGGUGUCUCUCUAGUGACCCAGCCAGGUGUCCUCUCUAGUGACCCAGCCAGGUGUCUGUCUAGUGACCAGCCAGGUGCUCUCUAGUGACCCAGCCAGGGUCUCUCUAGUGACCCCAGCCAGGUGUCUCUCUAGUGACCCAGCAGGUGGUCUCUCUAGUGACCCAGCCAGGUGUCUGUCUAGUGACCCAGCCAGGUGUAUCUCUAGUGACCCAGCCAGGUGUCUGUCUAGUGACCCAGCCAGGUGUCUCUCUAGUGACCCAGCCAGGUGUAUGUCUAGUGACCCAGCCAGGGUCUGUCUAGUGACCCAGCCAGGUUUCUGUCUAGUGACCCAGCCAGGUGUCUCUCUAGUGACCCAGCAGGUGUCUGUCUAGUGACCCAGCCAGGUGUCUGUCUAGUGACCCAGCCAGGUGUCUCUCUAGUGACCCAGCCAGGUGUCUGUCUAGUGACCCAGCCAGGUGUCUGUCUAGUGACCCAGCCAGGUGUCUCUCUAGUGACCCAGCCAGGUGUCUCUCUAGUGACCCAGCCAGGUGUCUGUCUAGUGACCCAGCCAGGUGUCUGUCUAGUGACCCAGCCAGGUGUCUCUCUAGUGACCCAGCCAGGUGUCUCUCUAGUGACCCAGCCAGGUGUCUGUCUAGUGACCCAGCCAGGUGUCUGUCUAGUGACCCAGCCAGGUGUCUCUCUAGUGACCCAGCCAGGUGUCUCUCUAGUGACCCAGCCACCAGGGUUAGGGUUAGGAGCAGCCAGGGUUAGAGUUAGGAGCAUCCAGGGUUAGAGUUAGGAGCAUCCAGGAUUAGGGUUAGGAGCAGCCAAGGUUAGGGUUAGGAGCAGCCAGGGUUAGGAGCAGCCAGGAUUAGGUUUAGUUGCAUCGUGGGUUAGAGUUAGGAGCAUCCAGGAUUAGGGAUAGGAGCAGCCAAGGUUAGGGUUAGGAGCAUCCAGGAUUAGGGAUAGGAGCAGCCAGGGUUAGAGUUAGGAGCAUCCUAACACGCUUCAGUAAGGUUGGCUUCUUAGCGUUCAUAGCCAUGGUUAUCAACUGUACCACAGAAAUGGAACGUAAAUCACAGAAAAUAGAUGUUGUGGUGGCAGCUGCAGAGAAGUUAUUGGGUGUAAGAGAUUUUACUGCAGAAGAGUUACAAGGUGUGUUGAACGAUAGUGUCCCGUCCUCCCAGGCUGACGGCAUCGAGUAGGAUCAGAUAAGGCCAAAGUAAUGGAAUAGUGGUCCCGUGUAGCUCAGUUGGUAGAGCAUGGCGCUUGCAAUGCCAGGUUUUGUGGGUUCGUUUCCCAUAGGGGACCAGUAUGAAAAACACUCUAAGUUGCUCUGGAUAAGAGUGUCUGUUAAAUGUAAAUAGUGGUGAGGUUUUAAUGGGUGUAGUGGUGAGGUUUUAAUGGGUGUAGGGUUAGUUGGUAUAGUGGUGAGGUUUUAAUGGGUGUAGGGUUAGUUGGUAUAGUGGUGAGGUUUUAAUGGGGUGUAGGGGUUAAGUUGGUAUAGUGGUGAGGUUUUAAUGGGUGUAGGGUUAGUUGGUAUAGUGGUUAGGUUUUAAUGGGUGUAGUGGUGAGGUUUUAAUGGGUGUAGGGUUAGUUGGUUAUAGUGGUGAGGGUUUUAAUGGGUUUGUAGGGUUAGUUGGUAUAGUGGUGAGGUUUUAAUGGGUUGUAGGGUUAGGCUGGUAGAGUGUGAGGUUUAAUGGGUGUAGGGUGAGUGGUAUAGUGGGUGAGGUUUUAAUGGGUGGUAGGGUUAGUUGGUAUAGUGGUGAGGUUUUAAUGGGUGUAGGGUUAGCUGGUAGAGUGGUGAGGUUUUAAUGGGUGUAGGGUUAGUUGGUUAUAGUGGUGAGGGUUUAAUGGUGUAGGGUUAGUUGGUAUAGUGUGAGGUUUUAAUGGGUGUAGGGUUAGUUGGUAUAGUGGUGAGGUUUUAAGGGUAUAGUGGUGAGGUUUAAUGGGGUGUAGGGUUAGUUGGUAUAGUGGUGAGGUUUAAUGGGUGUAGGGUUAGUUGGUAUAGUGGUGAGGUUUUAAUGGGUUGUAGGGUUAGUGGGUUAUAGUGGUGAGGUUUUAAUGGGUAUAGUGGUGAGGUUUUAAUGGGUGUAGGGUUAGUUGGUAUAGUGGUGAGGUUUUAAUGGGUGUAGGGUUAGUUGGUAUAGUGGGGAGGUUUUUAAUGGGUGUAGGGGUUAGGUGGUAUAGUGGUGAGGUUUUAAUGGGUAUAGUGGUGAGGUUUUAAUGGGUGUAGGGUUAGUUGGUAUAGUGGUGAGGUUUUAAUGGGUGUAGGGUUAGUUGGUAUAGUGGGGAGGUUAGUUGGUAUAGUGGGGAGGUUAGUUGGUAUAGUGGGGAGGUUAGUUGGUAUAGUGGGGAGGUUAGUUGGUAUAGUGGGGAGGUUAGUUGGUAUAGUGGGGAGGUUAGUUGGUAUAGUGGGGAGGUUAGUUUGUAGGGACAUUGUCUUCCUUUGUCACAGGCCACACCUUUGCGGGCCGCCAUAAUACAAUAGAAAAAGAAGAAGAAGAAGAGACUCACUAACACGUUUGUCCAUGAAUCUGUAUGAAUCUGUUAGUCAAUGAGUUUCUAUGGGCUAAUAGCAGUAAGACCAAAUUCAGUGUUGCAUGAAACCAUUUUUACAUAUAUAUUUUCUCUGUCUCUAUUAUAUCUGUCUAUCCUGUGUCUCUAUCUCUAUUGUCUCUGUCUAUCCUGUGUCUCUGUCUCUAUUGUCUCUGUCUAUCCUCUGUCUCUAUUGUCUCUGUCUAUCCUGUGUCUCUGUCUCUGUUGUCUCUGUCUAUCCUGUGUCUCUGUCUCUAUUGUCUCUGUCUAUCCUGUGUCUCUGUCUCUAUUGUCUCUGUCUAUCCUGUGUCUCUGUCUCUAUUGUCUCUUUCUAUCCUGUGUCUCUAACUCUAUUGUCUCUGUCUAUCCUGUGUCUAUCUCUAUUGUCUCUGUCUAUCCUGUGUCUCUGUCUCUGUUGUCUCUGUCUAUCCUGUGUCUCUGUCUCUAUUGUCUCUGUCUAUCCUGUGUCUCUGUCUCUAUUGUCUCUGUCUAUCCUGUGUCUCUGUCUCUAUUGUCUCUUUCUAUCCUGUGUCUCUAACUCUAUUGUCUCUGUCUAUCCUCUGUCUCUAUUGUCUCUGUCUAUCCUCUGUCUCUAUUGUCUCUGUCUCCCCUGUGUUUCUGUCUCUAUUGUCUCUGUCUAUCCUCUGUCUCUAUUGUCUCUGUCUCCGCUGUGUCUCUGUCUCUAUUGUCUCUGUCUAUCCUGUGUCUCUGUCUCUAUUGUCUCUGUCUAUCCUGUGUCUCUGUCUCUAUUGUCUCUGUCUCCCCUGUGUCUCUGUCUCUAUUGUCUCUGUCUAUCCUCUGUCUCUAUUCUCUGUCUAUCCUGUGUCUCUGUCUCUAUUGUCUCUGUCUCCCCUGUGUUUCUGUCUCUAUUGUCUCUGUCUCCCCUGUGUCUCUGUCUCUAUUGUAUCUGUCUCCGCUGUGUCUCUAUCUCUAUUGUCUCUGUCUAUCCUGUGUCUCUGUCUCUAUUGUCUCUGUCUAUCCUCUGUCUCUGUCUCUAUUGUCUCUGUCUAUCCUCUGUCUAUAUUCUCUGUCUAUCCUGUGUCUCUGUCUCUAUUGUCUCUGUCUCCCCUGUGUUUCUGUCUCUAUUGUCUCUGUCUCCCCUGUGUCUCUGUCUCUAUUGUCUCUGUCUCCACUGUGUCUCUGUCUCUAUUGUCUCUGUCUAUCCUGUGUCUCUGUCUCUAUUGUCUCUGUCUCCGCUGUGUCUCUGUCUCUAUUGUCUCUGUCUAUCCUGUGUCUAUCUCUAUUGUCUCUGUCUCCCCUGUGUCUCUGUCUCUAUUGUCUCUGUCUAUCCUCUGUCUAUAUUCUCUGUCUAUCCUGUGUCUCUGUCUCUAUUGUCUCUGUCUCCCCUGUGUUUCUGUCUCUAUUGUCUCUGUCUCCCCUGUGUCUCUGUCUCUAUUGUCUCUGUCUCCACUGUGUCUCUGUCUCUAUUGUCUCUGUCUAUCCUGUGUCUCUGUCUCUAUUGUCUCUGUCUCCGCUGUGUCUCUGUCUCUAUUGUCUCUGUCUAUCCUGUGUCUAUCUCUAUUGUCUCUGUCUCCCCUGUGUCUCUGUCUCUAUUGUCUCUGUCUCCGCUGUGUCCUUGUCUCUAUUGUCUCUGUCUAUCCUGUGUCUCUGUCUCUAUUGUCUCUGUCUCCCCUGUGUCUCUGUCUCUAGCAUUACCUCAGUACAAUACACCAUCCCCUGCUGUUUGCUGUGCUCUAUUGUAUCUGCAUCUGUUUGUCUCUCUCUCUGUCUCUGUGUGUCCUUACCGCUGCCUGUCCCUCUCUCUGUCCAUAUCUCUGUCCCUGUUUCUGUCGCUGCCUCUGUCUCUGCUUGUCUCUAUCUCUGCCUCUGCCUGUCUCUCUUCCUGCCCUGUCUCUUCUUCUGCCUGUCCCUCUCUCUGUCUCUGUCCCUGUCUGUCUCUGACCCUGUCCCUGUCGCAGCCUGUCUCUGUCUCUGUUUUUGCCUGUCUCUGUCCCUGUCUCUUCUUCUGCCUGUCCCUGUCUCUGCCUGUCUCUGUUCUGGUACCUGUCUCUGUCUGUCUCUUUCUCUGCCUGUCUUUGUCCAUUUCUCUGUUCUGGUCCCUUAAUCUGCCUGUUUCUGUCUCUGCCUCUGCCUGUCUCUGUCGCUGUGUCUCUGUCCCUGUCUUGGCCUUUCUCUUCUGCCUGUCUCUGUUCCAGUCCCUGUCUGUCCCUGCCUCCUCAUCUUUCUGUCUCUGCCUGUCUUUGCCUGUCUCUGUCUGUCUCUGUUCCCCGUCUCUGUCCCUGUUUCUGUUUCUACCUGUCUCUGUCCCUGUCUCUGCCCGUAUCCGUCUCUGCCUGUCUCUGUCCCUCUCCCUGUCUCUUCUUCUGCCUGUCUCUGUCCCUGUCUCUUCUUCUGCUGUCUCCAUCCCUGUCUCUGCCUGUCUCUGUCCCUGUCUCUUCUUCUGCUGUCUCUAUCCCUGUCUCUGCCUGUCUCUGUCCCUCUCCCUGUCUCUUCUUCUGCCUGUCUCUGUCCCUUGGUCUCUUCUUCUGCCUGUCUCUGUCCCAGUCUCUUCUUCUGCUGUCUCUAUCCCUGUCUCUGCCUGUGUCCAUCCCUGUCUCUGUCUCUGUCCCUGUCUCUGCCUGUAUGCGUCUCUGCCUGUCUCUGUCCCUCUCCCUGUCUCUUCUUCUGCCUGUCUCGAUCCCUGUCUCUUCUUCUGCCUGUGUCUGUCCCUGUCUCUUCUUCUGCCUGUCUCUGUCCCUGUCUCUUCUUCUGCCUGUCUCUGUCCCUGUCUCUUCUUCUGCCUGUCUCUAUCCCUGUCUUCUUCUGCCUGUCUCUGUCCCUGUCUCUUCUUCUGCCUGUCUCUGUCCCUGUCUCUUCUUCUGCCUGUCUCUGCCUGUCUCUGUCCCUGUCUCUUCUUUUGCCUGUCUCUGUCCCUGUCUCUUCUUCUGCCUGUCUCUGUCCCUGUCUCUGUUACAGUCCCUGUUCCGGUCCCUGUCCCUGUCUCUCAACCCUGUAUUUUUCUCUGUCCCUGUCUCUUCUUCUUUCUGUCUCUGUCCCUUUCUCUGCCUUUCUCUGUCUCUGUCUCUGUCUCUGUCUCUGUCUGUCCUGUUCCCGGUCUUGUCUCUAGUCUUGUCCUGUAUCUGCCUGUUCUAUCCUGUCUCUUUUCUGCCUUGUCUCUAUCCCUGUCUCUUCUUCUGCCUGUCUCUUGUCCCUGUCUCUUCUUUCUGCCUGUCUCUGUCCUGUCUCUUCUUCGUGCCAUGUUCUCGCUGUUCCCUGUCUCUUCUUCUGCCUGUCUCUGUCCCUGUCUCUUCUUCUGCCCGUCUCUGUCCCUGUCUCUUCUUCUGUCUGUCUCUGUCCCUGUCUCUUCUUCUGCCUGUCUUUGUCCCUGUCUCUUCUUCUGUCUGUCUCUAUCCCUGUCUCUUCUUCUGCCUGUCUUGCCUUUCUCUUGUCCCUGUCUCUUCUUCUGCCUGUCUCUGCCUGUCUCUGUCCCCUGUCUCUUUUCUGCCUGUCUUCUAUCCCUGUCUUUCUUCUGCCUUGUCCUCUGUCCUGUCUCUUCUUCUGCCAGUCUCUGUCCCUGUCUCUUCUUCUGCCUGUCUCUGUCCCUGUCUCUGUCUCUUCUUCUGCCUGUCUCUGUCCCUGUCUCUUCUUCUGCCUGUCUCUGUCCCUGUCUCUUCUUCUGCCUGUCUCUGUCCCUGUCUCUGUCCCUGUCUCUUCUUCUGCCUGUCUCUAUCCCUGUCUCUUCUUCUGCCUGUCUCUGUCUCUGUCUCUUCUUCUGCCUGUCUCUGUCCCUGUCUCUUCUUCUGCCUGUCUCUGCCUGUCUCCGUCCCUGUCUCUUCUUCUGCCUGUCUCUAUCCCUGUCUCUUCUUCUGCCUGUCUCUGUCCCUGUCUCUUCUUCUGCCUGUCUCUGUCCCUGUCUCUUCUUCUGCCUGUCUCUGUCCCUGUCUCUUCUUCUGCCUGUCUGUCCCUGUCUCUUCUUCUGCCUGUCUCUGUCCCUGUCUCUUCUUCUGCCUGUCUCUGCCUGUCUCUGUCCCUGUCUCUUCUUCUGCCUGUCUCUGCCUGUCUCUGUCCCUGUCUCUUCUUCUGCCUGUCUCUAUCCCUGUCUCUUCUUCUGCCUGUCUCUGUCUCUUCUUCUGCCUGUCUCUGUCCCUGUCUCUUCUUCUGCCUGUCUCUGUCCCUGUCUCUUCUUCUGCCUGUCUCUAUCCCUGUCUCUUCUUCUGCCUGUCUCUGUCCCUGUCUCUUCUUCUGCCUGUCUCUGUCCCGGUCUCUGUCACUGUCUCUUCUUCUGCCUGUCUCUGUCUCUGUCUGUCCCUGCCUGUCCUGUCUGUCUCUGUCUGUCCCUGUUCUGGUCUUUGUCUCUGUCUCUGUCUCUGUCUCUGUCUCUGUCUCUUCUUCUGCCUGUCUCUGUUCCGGUCCCUGUCUCGUAUCUCAAUCUAAAUUGCUGUCUGUCUUUAUCUAAAUCUGUCCCCCUGUCCCCCCAGGUCUGACAGAGAUGCUGUCCAAUAUGGUACAGGAGGUGAGACUGGCUAUCAACAGUGACAUCAGUGGGUCUGAAGUCCUCUACAGUCUCCUCAGCGCCCCCUGGCUGCAGUCCCUACUCAAGGUCACAAAUCGUUAUUUUGAUACAGUCUCUGCUAAAAGUCUGUCAUCUUUAUUUAUUAUACAGUCUAUGUCAUCCGUCAUCUGACCACUGAUCCACCCCUUAUCUGCCAAACAUACAUCACCCAGAUAUCGGUAUUACCUGUUAAUCCUACUGCAUACAAUACUACCAUGAUAACAGCUCUAAGCGUUAGUUAGCGUCACAUCAACCAUUCAUGCUGAUGUUACCUAAUAAUCCAUACCUGUUUAUACAUACAGUUGAAGUCGGAAGUUUACAUACACCUUAGCCAAAUAUAUUUAAACUCAGUUUAUCACAAUUCCUGACAUUUAAUCCUAGUAAAAAUUCCCUGCCUUAGGUCAGUUAGGAUCACCACUUUAUUUUAAUAAUGUGAAAUGUCAGAAUAAUAGUAGAGAGAAUUAUUUAUUACAGCUUUUAUUUAUUUCAUCACAUUCCCAGUGGGUCAGAAGUUUACAUACACUCAAUUAGUAUUUGGUAGCAUUGCCUUUAAAUUGUUUAACUUGGGUCAAAUGUUUCGGGUAGCCUUCCACAAGCUUCCCACAAUAAGUUGGGUGAAUUUUGGCCCAUUCCUCCUGACAGAGCAGGUGUAACUGAGUCAGGUUUGUAGGCCUCCUUGCUCGCACAAGCUUUUUCAGUUCUGCCCACACAUUUUCUAUAGGACUGAGGUCAGGGCUUUGUGAUGGCCACUCCAAUACCUUGACUUUGUUGUCCUUAAGACAUUUUGCCACAACUUUGGAAGUAUGCUUGGGGUUAUUGUCCAUUUGGAAGACUCAUUUGCGACCAAGCUUUAACUUCCUGACUGAUGUCUUGAGAUGUUGCUUCAAUAUAUCCACAUCAUUUUCCUUCCUCAUGAUGCCAUCUAUUUUGUGAAGUGCACCAGUCCCUCCUGCAGCAAAGCACCCCCACAGCAUGAUGCUGCCACCCCCGUGCUUCACGGUUGGGAUGGUGUUAUUCGGCUUGCAAGCUACCCCCUUUUUCCUCCAAACAUAACGAUGGUCAUUAUGGCCAAACAGUUCUAUUUUUGUUUCAUCAGACCAAAGGACAUUUCUCCAAAAAGUACGAUCUUUGUCCCCAUGUGCAGUUGCAAACCGUAGUCUGGCUUUUUUAUGGCGGUUUUGGAGCAGUGGCUUCUUCCUUGCUGAGCGGCCUUUCAGGUUAUGUCGAUAUAGGACUCGUUUUACUGUGGAUGUAGAUACUUUUGUACCUGUUUCCUCCAGCAUCUUCACAAGGUCCUUUGCUGUUGUUCUGGGAUUGAUUUGCACCUUUCGCACCAAAGUACGUUCAUCUCUAGGAGACAGAACGCGUCUCCUUCCUGAGCGGUAUGACAGCUGCGUGGUCCCAUGAUGUUUAUACUUGCGUACUAUUGUUUGUACAGAUGAACGUGUUACCUUCAGGUGUUUGGUAAUUGCUCCCAAGGAUGAACCAGACUUGUGGAGGUCUACAAUUUGUUUUCUGAGGUCUUGGCUGAUUUCUUUUGAUUUUCCCAUGAUGUCAAGCAAAGAGGCAAUGAGUUUGAAGGUAGGCCUUGAAAUACAUCCACAGGUACACCUCCAAUUGACUCAAAUGAUGUCAAUUAGCCUAGAAGCUUCUAAAGCCAUGACAUCAUUUUCUGGAAUUUUUCAAGCUGUUAAAAGCACAGUCAAUUUAGUGUAUGUAAACUUCUGACCCACUGGAAUUGUGAUACAGUGAAUUAUAAGUGAAAUAAUCUGUCUGUAAACAAUUGUUGGAAAAAUGACUUGUGUCAUGCACAAAGUAGAUGUCCUGACCGACCUGCCAAAACGAUAGUUUGUUAACAAGACAUUUGUGGAGUGGUUGAAAAACGAGUUUUAAUGACUCCAACCUAAGUGUAUGUAAACUUCCAACUUCAACUGUACAUACAGACAUACAGUACAUGAUGGUGACAUGAUACAUGUAAGCAGCUCUUGCUGUUAGUCGCUGGUAUUCUGGCUUGCUGCAAGAAUUAUAUAUAUCUAGUGCUUGUUAUCUUAUUCGCUACGCUAGCCCUCUUUAAUGUUAUCUUGGUGUUUACCACAGUAGUCACUGUGCUAGCCCUCUUUAAUGUUAUCUUGGUGUUUUCUACAGUAGUCGCUACGCUAGCCCCUCUUUAAAUGUUAUCCUUGGUGUUUUCUACAGUAGUCGCUAUGCUAGCCCUCUUUAAUGUUAUCUUGGUGUUUACCAACAGUAGUCACUAAUGCUAGCCCUCGUUAAUGUUAUCUUGGUGUUUACCACAGUAGUCGCUACGCUAGUCCUCUUUAAUGUUAUCUUGGUGUUUUCUACAGUAGUCACUAUGCUAGCCCUCUUUAAUGUUAUCUUGGUGUUUACCACAGUAGUCACUACGCUAGUCCUCUUUAAUGUUAUCUUGGUGUUUACCACAGUAGUCACUAUGCUAGCCCUCGUUAAUGUUAUCUUGGUGUUUUCUACAGUAGUCGCUACGCUAGUCCUCUUUAAUGUUAUCUUGGUGUUUACCACAGUAGUCACUAUGCUAGCCCUCUUUAAUGUUAUCUUGGUGUUUUCUACAGUAGUCACUAUGCUAGCCCUCUUUAAUGUUAUCUUGGUGUUUUCUACAGUAGUCACUAUGCUAGCCCUCUUUAAUGUUAUAUUGGUGUUUUCUACAGUAAUCACUAUGCUAGCCCUCUUUAAUGUUAUCUUGGUGUUUUCUACAGUAGUCACUAUGCUAGCCCUCUUUAAUGUUAUCUUGGUGUUUUCUACAGUAGUCACUAUGCUAGCCCUCUUUCAUGUUAUCUUGGUGUUUACCACAGUAGUCGCUAUGCUAGCCCUCUUUAAUGUUAUCUUGGUGUUUUCUACAGUAGUCGCUAUGCUAGCCCUCUUUAAUGUUCUCUUGGUGUUUUCCACAGUAGUCACUAUGCUAGCCCUCUUUAAUGUUAUCUUGGUGUUUUCUACAGUAGUCCCUAUGCUAGCCCUCUUUAAUGUUAUCUUGGUGUUUUCUACAGUAGUCGCUAUGCUAGCCCUCUUUCAUGUUACCUUGGUGUUUACCACAGUAGUCGCUAUGCUAGCCCUCUUUAAUGUUAUCUUGGUGUUUACCACAGUAGUCGCUAUGCUAGCCCUCGUUAAUGUUAUCUUGGUGUUUACCACAGUAGUCGCUACGCUAGCCCUCUUUAAUGUUCUCUUGGUGUUUACCACAGUAGUCGCUAUGCUAGCCCUCUUUAAUGUUCUCUUGGUGUUUACCACAGUAGUCGCUAUGCUAGCCCUCUUUAAUGUUAUCUUGGUGUUUUCUACAGUAGUCGCUAUGCUAGCCCUCUUUAAUGUUAUCUUGGUGUUUUCUACAGUAGUCGCUAUGCUAGCCCUCUUUAAUGUUAUCUUGGUGUUUACCACAGUAGUCGCUAUGCUAGCCCUCUUUAAUGUUAUCUUGGUGUUUUCUACAGUAGCCACUAUGCUAGCCCUCUUUAAUGUUAUCUUGGUGUUUUCCACAGUAGUCGCUAUGCUAGCCCUCUUUAAUGUUAUCUUGGUGUUUACCACAGUAGUCGCUACGCUAGCCCUCUUUAAUUUUAUAUUGGUGUUUUCUACAGUAAUCACUAUGCUAGCCCUCUUUAAUGUUAUCUUGGUGUUUUCUAAGGUAGUCACUAUGCUAGCCCUCUUUAAUGUUAUAUUGGUGUUUUCUACAGUAAUCACUAUGCUAGCCCUCUUUAAUGUUAUCUUGGUGUUUACCACAGUAGUCACUAUGCUAGCCCUCUUUAAUGUUAUCUUGGUGUUUUCUACAGUAGUCGCUACGCUAGCCCUCUUUAAUGUUAUCUUGGUGUUUACCACAGUAGUCACUAUGCUAGCCCUCUUUAAUGUUAUCUUGGUGUUUUCUACAGUAGUCACUAUGCUAGCCCUCUUUAAUGUUAUCUUGGUGUUUACCACAGUAGUCAUAUGCUAGCCCAUCUUUAAUUUAUCUUGGUGUUUUCUACAGUAGUCCUAUGCUAGCCCUCUAAGUUCAAUGCUCAUACCCAGUGCCUAUCUGUCUGUGUUGUCUCUGUAUAAUGAACAGGUAAAGAUGCAUUGUAUGGUAUUAUAUGUCUGUGUUUUCUACAGGUCUAUGAGUGUCUGCUGAAGUUCAGAAGGCUUCCACCCAGUCCCUACCUGCGUUAUGCCUCUGGUCUCUCUCACGAGGUCAGUACACUAGACUUAGGGAGCGUCUGAAAUGCCAGUCCCUUAUGCCUCUGGUCUCUCUCACGAGGUCAGUACACUAGACUUAGGGAGCGUCUGAAUGAUGCCUAGUGCCUCUUCUACAGCUUGCCUUAUGCACUCUGGUCUCGUACCAUCGAGGCGUCUACGUCACACUAGACUUAGGGAGCGUCUGAAAUGGCAACCUUUUCCUUAUAUAGUGCCCUUCUUUUUACCAGGGCUCUGGUCAGAAGUAGUGCACUAUGUAGAGAAUAUGGUACCAUUUAGGACGCUCCCUAACUCCCCGACAGAAAACUAGAUGACUUGGGCUAGCUGUACUGCCCACGACAUCAUGAAUGACAGCUAAUGGUAUUUGUCUUGUGUUCGUUUUUUAUGCCUGUUUAACAGAUCCUGUCCAACAUCCGAGCAGCACCAGCCCCGUCCCCAGAGGCCAGACGGCUCUAUAAUCUAUUGAAGUCCCCCCAUCUACAGGUAAGAUGGAAGCUUUUAUUCACAUUAUUCAGAGCGUUGUACUUUUACUGUCAGAACAGAUUAGACUACUUGUGCCCUUCUCACAGUAACGUGCCAAACCCCGAACGUUAGUGUAAUGUCUUGAUUAUUUUCUUAACACAUUUUCCUUUCAAGAAACUAUUGGUAGAUGCGUAAGAUGGCCAGUGCAGUACAGCUUGGCUCGGCUCAGUACAGCUUGGCUCGGCUCAGUUUAGCUUGGCUUGGCUCAGUUGGGCUGACUAGUUAGUUGGCUCGACUUUCUGACAGCUAUGGCUCGGCUCAUGUUUAGCUUGGCUCGGCUCAUACUGCUUGGCUGCUCGUUUAGACUUGGCUUGGUGAUUGGCUAAGACGGCUGAUUACUGACUGCCUCUGUUGACUGGUUGGCUCUUGCUGGACUAACUGGCUUGGACUGACUGCGAUGGCUAACUGACUGACUGGCUGACUGACUGACUGACUGACGUUGUGACUGCUGACUGCUGACUGGAACUGACUGAGACUGGUGGCUGACUUGGCUGACUGGACUGACUGGCUAACUGAUGACUGACUGACUGGUUGGCUGACUUGCUGACUGGCUGACUGGCUAACUGACUGACUGACUGGUUGGCUGACUGACUGGCUAACUGACUGGUUGGCUGACUUGCUGACUGACUAACUGGUUGGCUGACUGACUGACUGGUUUGCUGACUGGCUGACUGGCUAAAUGACUGGCUGACUGGCUAACUGACUGGCUGACUGACUGACUGGUUGGCUGACUGACUGGCUAACUGACUGGUUGGCUGACUGACUAACUGGUUGGCUGACUGACUGGUUGGCUGACUUGCUGACUGGCGGACUGGCUGACUGGCUAACUGACUGGCUGACUGGCUGACUGACUGACUGACUGACUGGUUGGCUGACUUGCUGACUGGCUAACUGACUGGCAGACUGGCUAACUGACUGGCUAACUGACUGACUGGUUGGCUGACUGACUGGCUAACUGACUGGUUGGCUGACUUGCUGACUGGCUGACUGGCUAACUGACUGGCUGACUGGCUGACUGACUGACUGACUGGUUGGCUGACUUGCUGACUGGCUGACUGGCUAACUGACUGGCAGACUGGCUAACUGACUGGCUAACUGACUGACUGGUUGGCUGACUGACUGACUGACUGACUGGUUUGCUGACUGGCUGACUGGCUAACUGACUGACUGACUGGUUGGCUGACUGACUGGCUAACUGACUGGUUGGCUGACUUGCUGACUGACUAACUGGUUGGCUGACUGACUGACUGGUUUGCUGACUGGCUGACUGGGUAAAUGACUGGCUGACUGGCUAACUGACUGGCUGACUGACUGACUGGUUGGCUGACUGACUGGCUAACUGACUGGUUGGCUGACUUGCUGACUGACUAACUGGUUGGCUGACUGACUGGUUGGCUGACUUGCUGACUGGCUGACUGGCUGACUGGCUGACUGGCUAACUGACUGGCUGACUGGCUGACUGACUGACUGACUGACUGGUUGGCUGACUUGCUGACUGACUAACUGGUUGGCUGACUGACUGGUUGGCUGACUUGCUGACUGGCUGACUGGCUGACUGGCUGACUGGCUAACUGACUGGCUGACUGGCUGACUGACUGACUGACUGACUGGUUGGCUGACUUGCUGACUGGCUGACUGGCUAACUGACUGACUGACUAGUUGGCCUACUUGCUGGCUGACUGCCUGUGUUCUUCCCCUCCCAGGCCCUCCUCUCAGCCCAUGACACGGUGGCCCAGACAGACUAUGAGCCAGUUCUCCCUCCGCUCCCUGAGGACCUGCCAGAGGACGAGGAGGCCAUGAGGAUCGUCUGUCUGGUCAAGAACAAACAGCCCCUGGUGAGUACUGUACUAGAUCACUACAAUCACACAACACCUCACAAUGCCGUUACACUCACACAUUACAGUACUGUGACUGUAACUCUGUGACUAACUCUGUGACUGUAACUCUGUGACUGUAACUCUGUGACUGUAACUCUGUGACUGUAACUCUGUGACUGUAACUCUGUGACUAACUCUGUGACUGUAACUCUGUGACUAACUAUGUGACUGUAACUCUGUGACUAACUCUGUGACUGUAACUCUGUGACUGUAACUCUGUGACUAACUCUGUGACUGUAACUCUGUGACUGUAACUCUGUGACUAACUCUGUGACUGUAACUCUGUGACUGUAACUCUGUGACUAACUCUGUGACUGGAACUCUGUGACUGUGACUGUAACUCUGUGACUGUAACUCUGUGACUGUAACUCUGUGACUGUAACUCUGUGACUAACUCUGUGACUGUAACUCUGUGACUGUGACUGUAACUCUGUGACUGUAACUCUGUGACUAACUCUGUGACUGUAACUCUGUGACUGUAACUCUGUGACUAACUCUGUGACUGUAACUCUGUGACUGUGACUGUAACUCUGUGACUGUAACUCUGUGACUGUAACUCUGUGACUGUAACUCUGUGACUGUAACUCUGUGACUGUAACUCUGUGACUGAUGAUGGCCCACAGUAGCCAUAGUCACAUAUUCAUGGGGAAUAAUUCUGUGGCGUAAAUAUCAUGAACGUGCAAAGCAGUAAAACUCUGUUUAUACAGUCUGUUAGCCACUCUGAGGACAAAUCAGAUGCCCCUGUAAUGAACUGUAGUUGCUGCUUCUCUCUCCACUAGAGACCUCUGUCUCAUCCCUGGGGCUGGUAACUUGUUGACUUGGGUCCUAGUUCCAAUGUAACCCAGGCUCUGUCUCUACUUAUAAGAACGGUGGAGGAGGAGGAGGAGGAGCAGGAGGAGGCAGUGCCAGUGGAGAGUUUAUCUGUAGUCGUUGGGACAGCCUGCGGCGCCUCACCCUCGAGAGACUGGUCCAUGGGAGGAGGGCGAGGUCAAGGGAGCACUUAGCCACGUCAGGGGGGCACAGGGACAGUUAUACCUCUGCUGGCCUGCUGGCCCCCGUUUUCCCUGGUCAGUCACGGCCCCUCCCUCGCUACGAGUCCACCGGGUCCCGGCCCCUUCCUCGCUACGAGUCCACAGGCAGCUGCAAGCUGUGUCGCCAGACAGCAGAGCUCUGGGAGAGAGGCCUGAACCACUCUGCUCCCUCUGUCUGCAGCCCUGUACACACCACUGGUAGGAGGACAAAGGGGACACAGGAAGCAUCUAGAAUACAGUCAGUGUAUUGUAAUGCUUCAGAUUUUCAUCUUGUCACUACUUUCAUUGCCUUUUAUCGCUUUCUUUACAGGACGUAUUUUAUAAUAUGUGUGAUUGUAAUCCUCAUCAUCACUGUGCCUAGUUACUGUUUCUGCUGGGUUUGAUCGUCUUGUUAAUGAUCAUGAAUAUUUCAGCUUUAUUUCUCUUCCAUCUUCUCCUCUGACCUCUAACCUCUGACCUCUACGACUGUCUUCCUCCUUCACCUGUGGAGAUAAAACCUUGCCCGAGGACAAACAGAACGGAGACAACAGGAAUCACGACCUAGGAAAGGGGGACUACGCCUACCCUCCCUCUCACUGGAAGGGCCCCCUCCCAACCACCAGCCUGACCAUCCCUAACUCCCCUAUCUGUCACCCCCGUAAGAUCCUAACUCCUGGUAGUGGUGGUGGUGGCCACCGGGCUCGGACGGCUCCCUCUAGCCCCGUAACCAGGCAACGGAGAUGGCUAGGCUCCCAGAACGGACCUAGCCGGGACCCCUCUCUGGAUCUGACCGAGCAGCCCAGCCUGGAUGAGCUGAAGAGUGCGGUCGAGUCUGUAGCCAGCAGUAUAGAGAACAGCAGUAGUGGUGUCCGUGACCUGGGCCAGAAGAUGGUGUCCGCCACAGAGCUGAUGUCAGAUAGCGUGGAGGAGAAUGCUCUUGCUCUCAACCUGUUAGUGGAGGUGGUUGAUAAACUGCAGGGACUCAUUAUUGCGUCCAAGUCUCCCAAAACGCCACCUCCACCACCUCCUCCACCCAAAAUCUUCCCUUCACCUCCCUCUCCUCCUCCACCACCUCCUCCUCCUCAUCCUCGAGUCAAACUCUUCCCAUCUCCUCCCCCUAGCUGCUUAUCCUCCUCCUCCUCCUCUUCCUCCUCUUCCUCAUCCUCCUCCAUCUGUGCCUAUAUGGAUAGUCACCUCUCACCUCCAGGUUCCAGGAAGUGUUCCUCGGUCUCGGGUCAGAACAGCAUCAAUAAGAGGUGGGUGACCAUCAGUGGUCCUCCUCAGAGACCCGGUAACAGACAGGCCCGUCUCCCCAACGGGUUCUCUGGUUCAGGUUCUAGAACACUGGAGGGUUCUAGAACAGAGGAGGACCAGAACACCACAAGGUGCUUUUCCAGUAAGAAGAAGAAGUAACCCUCAGGAUCCUGGUCUCCUCUCCUUCCUUCAUCUGCUCUGCCGUCUUCAGCAACGAACAUAACCGUGAAAGGGAAAUAGACUGAGUUCAGUUGACGGGGUUAUCACCCCUAGUGUUCUGCCUCCUGUAUUUGGACUGUGGACCUCCUAUGAUCUCAGUCAAAGGUACAGCGGUAUAACUACAUCCCUUAAUUCCAGUGAAUAGCUUACCAUCUCUCCUUCGUCUUGUCUUCAUUGAAUUUAACCAUUCCACCCCGUUGCUGGCUACUCUGCCUGACUUUCUGGCAUCUCUUCAUUCUCGCAAAUUAGAUUAAACCUUCCAUCAUCCUCUGCCUCCUGUGUCCUGCUGUUUCAGAUCAUUCAUUUCCUCCUGAUCACGUGUUCCCACCUGCAUCAGCUUGACAGGGUACUUUUUGUUGAUCGUCACCGUGUCCAAUCCUAAUCGCUUUACUCAUUUCCUCUUCAAACCCUCCCAUGAGCCAGAAUGUGUCUCCAUUCACACAGAACACUUCAAUUACAGUGAGGGAAAAAAGUAUUUGAUCCCCUGCUGAUUUUGUACGUUUGCCCACUCACAAAGACAUGAUCAGUCUAUAAUUUUAAUGGUAGGUUUAUUUGAACAGUGAGAGACAGAAUAACAACAAAAGAAUCCAGAAAAACGCAUGUCAAAAAUGUUAUAAAUUGAUUAGCAUUUUAAUGAGAGAAAUAAGUAUUUGGACCCCCUCUCAAUCAGAAAGAUUUCUGGCUCCCAGGUGUCUUUUAUACAGGUAACGAGCUGAGAUUAAGAGCACACUCUUAAAGGGAGUGCUCCUAAUCUCAGUUUGUUACCUGUAUAAAAGACACCUGUCCACAGAAGCAAUCAAUCAAUCAGAUUCCAAACUCUCCACCAUGGCCAAGACCAAAGAGCUCUCCAAGGAUGUCAGGGACAAGAUUGUAGACCUACACAAGGCUGGAAUGGGCUACAAGACCAUCGCCAAGCAGCUUGGUGAGAAGGUGACAACAGUUGGUGCGAUUAUUCGCAAAUGGAAGAAACACAAAAGAACUGUCAAUCUCCCUCGGCCUGGGGCUCCAUGCAAGAUCUCACCUCGUGGAGUUGCAAUGGUCAUGAGAACAGUGAGGAAUCAGCCCAGAACUACACGGGAGGAUCUUGUCAAUGAUCUCAAGGCAGCUUGGACCACAGUCACCAAGAAAACAAUUGGUAACUCAUUACGCCGUGAAGGACUGAAAUGCUGCAGAGCCCGCAAGGUCCCCCUGCUCAAGAAAGCACAUAUACAGGCCCGUCUGAAAUUUGCCAAUGAACAUCUGAAUGAUUCAGAGGAGAACUGGAUGAAAGUGUUGUGGUCAGAUGAGACCAAAAUCGAGCUCUUUGGCAUCAACUCAACUCGCCGUGUUUGGAGGAGGAGGAAUGCUGCCUAUGACCCCAAGAACACCAUCCCCACCGUCAAACAUGGAGGUGGAAACAUUAUGCUUUGGGGGUGUUUUUCUGCUAAGGGGACAGGACAACUUCACUGCAUCAAAGGGACGAUGGACAGGGCCAUGUACCGUCAAAAUCUUGGGUGAGAACCUCCUUCCCUCAGCCAGGGCAUUGGAAAUGGGUCGUGGAUGGGUAUUCCAGAAUGACAAUUACCCAAAACACACGGCCAAGGCAACAAAGGAGUGGCUCAAGAAGAAGCACAUGAAGGUCCUGGAGUGGCCUAGCCAGUCUCCAGACCUUAAUCCCAUAGAAAAUCUGUGGAGGGAGCUUAAGGUUCGAGUUGCCAAACGUCAGCCUCGAAACCUUAAUGACUUGGAGAAGAUCUGCAAAGAGGAGUGGGACAAAAUCCCUCCUGAGAUGUGUGCAAACCUGGUGGCCAACUACAAGAAACGUCUGACCUCUGUGAUUGCCAACAAGUGUUUUGCCACCAAGUACUAAGUCAUGUUUUGCAGAGGGUCCAAAUACUUAUUUCCCUCAUUAAAAUGCAAAUCAAUUUAUAACAUUUUUGACAUGCGUUUUUCUGGAUUUUGUUGUUGUUUUUCUGUCUCUCACUGUUCAAAUGAACCUACCAUUAAAAUUAUAGACUGAUCAUGUCUUUGUCAGUGGGCAAAUGUACAAAAUCAGCAGGGGAUCAAAUACUUUUUUCCCCUCACUGUAGGUAGUUAGGUUUUUCACCUUUUUGUGUCAAAUAACUGCAUGUGCUGACUUUUUUUCCUCUUGUACCCACCAGGGAGCCACGAUAAAGAAGGAUGAGGACACAGGAGAGAUCUUCAUAGCCAGGGUGAUACAUGGAGGCCUUGCGGAUCGCAGUGGUGAGUCUGUCUGACUGGGUUCAUUCAGACAUAAUAUUUACCUUUUCUUCUCAAAUGUGACAAUUUUGCCGCAUUUACCUAGCCUUGACUUCCAGUCUUUUACAUAAAAUGUGUACUUUUUGUGUGGCUAAUAUAGAAACAAUUGUCUGACUUGAGAGACUAGCAUUUACCUGAUCGUGAUGACCUCUAUAAUACCUCUUAGUGACUUGCUACUGCCUGUGUGUUUGGUGUUCAGGUCUUCUGCAUCCAGGGGAUCUGCUGGUGGAGGUGAAUGGGAACCCUGUGGAAGGACUGGACCCAGAACAGGUCAUACAGAUACUGGUCAGUUCUUUUCCUCUCUCUCUCUCUGUCUCUGUCUCUGUCUCUGUCUCUGUCUCUGUCUCUGUCUCUCUCUCUCUCUCUCUCUGUCUCUCUCUCUCUCUGUCUCUCUCUCUCUGUAUCUCUAUCUCUCUCUCUGUCUCUGUCUCUGUCUGUCUCUCUCUCUGUCUGUCUGUCUCUCUCUCUCUCUCUCUCUCUCUCUCUCUCUCUCUCUCUCUCGCUCUCUCUCUCUCUCUCUCUGUGUCUCUCUCUCAUUGUGUCUCUCUCUCUCUCUCUGUCUGUCUCUCUGUCUCUCUCUCUCUCUGUGUCUCUCUCUCUCCCUGUGUCUCUCUGUCUCUCUCUCUUUCUUUCUGUGUGUCUCUCUCUCUCUUUCUGUCUCUCUCUCUCUCUCUCUCUGUAUCUCUCUCUGUGUAUCUCUCUCUCUCUCUCUCUGUCUCUCUGUCUCUGUGUCUCUCUCAUCUCUUUAUUGUUCUGGUUUAAACUCAUCCCUCUAGGUCCAAUCUCAAGGCACUAUCUUGUUCAAAGUGAUUCCAAACACACCACAAUCAACUAAGAGCCAACAGCCAGCCUUGGUGAGUUCCCCAUAAUAAUCUCUCAAGAAUCCAGUUUCCAAAUAGCGUGUGUGUUGUUUGUUUACUCAUGUACUUCCCUCUCUUCUUCUUCUUCUUCUUCUUCUUCUUCUUCGUCUUCUCUCUCCCCAGCUGUAUGUGCGGGCCAUGGUAGACUACUGCCCCCUGCAGGACCCAGCUAUCCCCUGUCCUGACGCUGGCAUAGUCUUCAGUAGAGGAGACCUGCUGGAGAUAGUCGACCAGACAGACGUCCACUGGUGGCAGGCUAGGAAGCUGCCCAGUGCCUCAGCCUGCGCCGGCCUCAUCCCCUCCACCAGCCUGUUCAAGAGGUGGGGGUGACAGAGAGGCAGACAGACAGACAGACAUAAACACCACAGCCUUCACAAGAUCACCACCCGGGAUCAAUUCCAUUUCAAUUCAGUCAAUCAGUUUACUUCCUUAAUUGACUGAAUGAAAACGGAAUUGACCCCAACCCUGGAAGACUCCUAACUUAACCAGAAGCCAGACCAACACAACACAGUUAUAACAUUCAGAACAUUUAAGAGGUUUAGCUUCAAUAUGAUAAAAUCAGUCUUUGAGAAUCUGAAUAUAUUUCAAAUAUUGAACUUGUUGAUGUGCCUCUCUCAGGGGUAAAAUGUAUCCGUCACUACGACGGAUUUCUGUCAUAUACAGUGCCUUCGGAAAGUAUUCAGACCCCUUGACUUUUUCCACAUUUUGUUACAUUACAGACUUAUUCUAAAAUGGGUUAAAUUGUUUUUUUCCCCUCAUCAAUCUACACACAAUACCCCAUAAUGACAAAGUAAAAACCAGUUUUUAGAUUUUUGUGCAAAUUAAAUAAAAAUAAAAAACGGAAAUAUUACAUUUACAUAAGUAUUCAGACCCUUUACUCAGUACUUUGUUGAAAGCACCUUUGGCAGUGAUUACAGCCUUGAGUCUUCUUGGGUAUGACACUACAAGCUUGGCCUGUAUUUGGGGAGUUUCUCCCAUUCUUCUCUGCAGAUCCUCUCAAGCUCUGUCAAGUUAGAUGGGGAGUGUCGCUUGGAGAUGACAUAGUCUGUCUGUUCUAUGAAAUAUUCCCAAUAUAUUAUAAAUGUAUUCUCUAUUAUGCUGUGUACACUGAACUGACAUGCAUGAUUGUUGCUGACACUGAUGUUCAGAAGAAUAUAGGGGUAUAUAGGGGAUGUCAAGUAUUCCCUCGUGGACCCCAGAGGCUUCACUGGAACCAGGGUCAUAAGGACAGUUGGAACUUAACCCAGGUCAGUGUGCUCAUCCUGCUCAGUUCCCAUGGAAACCUCUGGUCAUGACUCCGCUGAGGUGCCCCCUGCCUCCUGCUCCACAUGGUCAUCUGGCGUCUUUAUUGAACGACAUUGAGUCCACUUUUCUCUUUUUCUCCUCACUCAUUAUUAAUGUCAACGUUUUCAAGCAUUGACUGUCUGAACGUAGAUUCGAAUUGAGAGCGGGAGCACAGUGACUGUCUGAAUGUAGCUACUAGGUUACAGUGUCAUCUAUCAGAGUGUGUUUAUAUAGCAUGGAAGAAGUCAUUUUUAGGCCCAAAAACACGCAACUCAGAUAUGACAUUUAUAUAUUUAAAAAAUGGCUUACGGGCCAUACUUUUCCCCCCUCUGCCUUAAAGCAUGAUGGUCAUUACUUCUUUUUACAUUAAAUGGUAGGCUACCUCUUCAGACAAUCGAUCUGAGAUCAACUUGAGUUUCAGUCAUGGGAUUUUGUUGUUGUUGCUUUCAACCCCUGGCCUCUCUGUUCUCCAGCAAACAGAGGGAGACAUGGUGGUCACAGCCUUUCCAGGCCCACACCUGCAUCAAACCCUGUGAGUAACAACACUCCACUAACCCUAACUAACUACCACUACACUAACCUCUUAGACUGUCUGUAUCCAGUACCAGAUCAAUGUGCAAGGGGUACAAGGUAUACUAUGUAGUAUGUAUAUGUAGAGUGUGUAUGGGUGUGUCUGUGCCUGUGUGUGUCUCUUCAAAGUCCAAGGUAUACUAUAUAGUAUCACCUACACUAUAGACUCUGUUGCCCACAAGUCUAUCUGUAUUUAUUAUGGAUCCCCAUUAGUUCCUGCCAAGGCAGUAGCUACUCUUCCUGGGGUUUAUGAUGGAUCCCCAUUAGUUCCUGCCAAGGCAGCAGCUACUCUUCCUGGGGUUUAUUAUGGAUCCCCAUUAGUUCCUGCCAAGGCAGCAGCUACUCUUCCUGGGGUUUAUUAUGGAUCCCCAUUAGUUCCUGCCAAGGCAGCAGCUACUCUUCCUGGGGUUUAUUAUGGAUCCCCAUUAGUUCCUGCCAAGGCAGCAGCUACUCUUCCUGGGGUCCAGCAACAUUAAGGCAGUUAUAUACAAUUAAAAAUAUUACAUGACAUUAUAAUUUCAUAACACUUUUCACAACACGUUAAGUGUGUUCCCUCAGGCCCCUACUCUACUACCACAUAGGUAAAACACAAAAUCCAUAUGUACGUGUGUGUAUAGUGUGUGUGCGUGUGUAGAGUGUGUGUGUGUGUGUAUAUUGUGUGUGUGUGUAGAGUGUGUCUGUACCUGUGUGUGUCUCUUCAAAGUCCCCGCUGUUCCAUAAGGUGUAUUUUUAUCUGUUUUAAAAAAAAAAUCUGAUUCUACUGCUUGCAUCAGUUACCUGAUGUGGAAUAGAGUUCCAUGUAGUCAUGGCUCUAUGUAGUACUGUGCGCCUCCCGUAGUCUGUUCUGGACUUGGGGACUGUGAAGAGACCUCUGGUGGCAUGUCUUGAGGGGUAUGCAUGUGUCUGAGUUGUGUACUAGUAGUUUUAAACAGACAGAUCGGUGCAUUCAACAUGUCAAUACUUCUUACAAAACAAGUAGUGAUGAAGUCAAUCUCUCCUCUACUUUGAGCCAGGAGAGACUGACAUACAUAGCAUGAAUGUUAGCUCUCCGUGUACUUUUAAGGGCCAGCCGUGCUGCCCUGUUCUGAGCCAAUUGUAAUUUUCCUAAGUCCCUCUUUGUGGCACCUGAUCACACGACUGAACAGUAGUCCAGGUGUGACAAAACUCGAGUCUGAAUGACCGGCCUUGUUGAUAGUGCUGUUAAGAAGGCAGAACAGCGCUUUAUUAUGGACAGACUUCUCCCCAGCUUAGCUACUGUUGUAUCAACAUGUUUGAGUUUAGUCACCUCAACUUGCAUUGCAAGAUUCAGUUGAGGUUUAGGGUUUAGUGAAUGAUUCAUCCCAAAUACAAUGCUUUUAGUUUUUUUAAUAUUUAGGACUAACUUAUUUCUUGCCACCCAUUCUGAAACAGACUACAGCUCUUUGUUAAGUGUCGCAGUGAUUUUUCACUCGCUGUAGUAGCUGAUGUGUAUAGUGUUGAGUCAUUCGCAUACAUUGACAUACUGUCAAUAGUAAAGAUUGAAAAAAGUAAGGGGCCUAGACAGCUGCCCUGGGGAAUGCCUGAUUCUACCUGGAUUAUGUUUGAGAGGCUUCCAUUAAAGAAACCCUCUGUGUUUUGUUAGACAGGUAACUCUUUAUCCACAAUAUAGCAGGGGGUGUGAAGCCAUAACACAUACGUUUUUCCUGCACCAUUCUAUGAUCGAUAAUGUAAAAAGCCACACUGAAGUCUAACAAAACAGCCCCCACAAUCUUUUUAUCAUCAAUUUCUCUCAGCCAAUCAUCAGUCAUUUGUGUAAGUGCCGUGCAUGUUGAAUGUCCUUCCCUAUAAGCGUGCUGAAAGUAUGUUGUCAAUUUGUUUACUGUAAAAUAGCAUUGUAUCUAGUCAAACACAAUUUUUUCCAAAAGUUUACUAAGGGUUGGUAACAGGCUGAUUGGUCGGCUAUUUGAGCCAGUAAAGGGGGCUUUACUAUUCUUAGGUAGCGGAAUGACUUUUGCUUCCCUCCAGGCCUGAGGGCACACACUUUCUAGUAGGCUUACAUUGAAGAUAUGGCAAAUAGGAGUGGCAAUAUCAUCCGCUAUUAUCCUCAGUAAUUUUCCAUCCAAGUUGUCAGACCCAAGGUGGCUUGUCAUUUUUUCACCUCUUCCACACUCACUUUACGGAAUUCAAAAUUACAAUGCUUGUCUUUCAUAAUUUGGUCAGUUAUACUUGGAUGUGUAGUGGACAGAGUACCGGUUUCCAGGCCAAGAUUUACAGUCUGUAAUUGACAGCGGCCCCUUUCAAACCAUCACAAGACCAAUAAAACUGCACUCCCUUUCUCGCUUUACAACUCUGAAUGGCCCUGAGAAAGUCAAGAGACCGAAACCAGUCCCUCUGCAAGUCAGUAGAACGCCUGGUGAUCUGCAUCCCAAGGAGAGAGUCCGGAAUUGUUACUCUUUGUAAGAAAGAGAAAAUAGCGCCAAGAGUGAAAAAGGACAUUUAAACACGUUUUCUUAUCAAAGUAUUAAACUGUUCGACUCAUUACAUUACACUCUGCUCACUCACAAUGAACCGCUGAGUCUGAUCUCUCCCAAAACCGCUGAGUCUUAUCCCUCCCAAAACCCGAACAUUGUUUUGCACCCCAGUGCCUUAACAAACAUUAUCUCUUUGCGCUGAACAAAUUGAGAACUCAACUUAGAAAGCGCAAAGAGCUUCUAUGCAUGCGAGCCCCGACGAGGGAAGAAGCUUCUUCGAGCAAAAGCUCAAACGACGACAACACCACUGACCCGUUUCCCUCCACUGUAUAUAUAUUUUCUGUUGUAUUUCUGACUUUAUGUUUUUUUUUUUACCCCAUAUGUAACUCUGUGUUGUUUUUAUUGCACUACUUUGCUUUAUCUUGGCCAGGUCGCAGUUGUAAAUGAGAACCUGUUCUCAACUGGCUUACCUGGUUAAAUAAAGGUGAAAUAAAAAAAUUAAAAAAGUUUCCCUCCGUCAUAACAGAAACCCAACUGCACCAGACAACACUCAGCAAAAAAUCCAUGUAAAUACAUAAUUUCAUUGAAUUUCCCUUUACGUGACGCUGUGUCUGUAUAAAAGUGGUGUCAGUAACUGAUUAUUAUAUGACUGUUAGUCUUAAUUACAUAUUAGUCCGCCUGUAGGGCGGCAGGUAGCUUAGUGGUUAAGAGCUUUGUGUCAGUAACCGAAAAGUCGCUGGUUCUAAUCCCCUGGCCGACUAGGUGAAAAAUCUGUCAAUGUACCCUUGAGCGAGGUACUUAACCCUAAUUGCUCAUGUAAGUCGCUCUGGAUAAGAGCGUCUGUAAAAUGUAAAUGUAAUAUCAUUCGGAUGUGAAUUGAUAGUCUAGCCCAACUGGCAAUUCCUGGUUGUUGAAACUAUAAUUAUAAUGAUAUAAUUUCCCAGUUGUGAAAGCAGAUCUUGGUGGAGUCUCUCAUAUUUUCUCUCUCAACUGAUAAGACCAUCUCGUUACUAUUGUAUCUGAUAACUACCUCAUUUUUCACCUUAUUUAGUCUAGUAAAUAAAACCUUAAAUUAAUUAUUUGUGGCCAUGGGUUAAUUUACAAGCGAUUGGGUUCUUGAAGUUUCCGAGCUCGACGACAGUUCAGAAUGAGAAUAUGGUAAAUUGACUGUUAAGACUAUGGUUGAUAUUGGAUUGGUAUAAUGGUUAAUGAUAACUACUGAUAGAGUUAAUUCAAGGGUUCUCUCUAUAUCAACACCCUUAACGGUGCCCCUCUUCAGUUAAUCUGGAAAGGAUAUAUUCCAGUAAUGAAUCAGUAAAUGAUCUUGAAUAUCCAUAGCUAAAGUCACAACAUAGUUUUUUACAUUGGAUAAAAGUUGAGACUCGGAGCUAAAAAAUUGUAUAUCAUACACUACAGUUGAGGAAUAAUGGGAAAGUAAUUCUGCUUUGAAAGUUGAUAAACUUGCAACACAACUUUUGAGAAAAUGGCCCUUGAAUGUUUUGGUACACCUACUGGAGAGCUCUUCUUUGUCUACACCCAUUCAGCAUCGUUCACACCCUCUUAAGCCUUAGCCCCACCCAUCUCUUUAAGGAUUCACAUGUGAGGCCAUGUGGUAAACACACACUACAUCAAAUAAAAUCUAAGUUUAUUUGUCACAUGCACAGGAUACAGAAGGUGGAAACGGUACAGUGAAGUGGUUACUUGCAAUAUAAAAAACAGAAAGUGUCCAAAUAUUUUAUCAUUAUUAGAUGAUGCUUACCUGACACACUUGUCUAAAUUGAUGGGUCAUGUGAAAUAAAUGCUAUAACCACCCACCAGUCACAUCUAGCUGAGUGGAUGGGUCACUAUUGACUAGACAUGUUCAUGAAAUACAAUAGAUUUACAUUUACAUAUUAGUCAUUUAGCAGAUGCUCUCUUAUCCAGAGCGACUUACAGUUAGUGAGUGCAUACACUUUUUUCAUAGUUAGAUGGCUGUAAUCACCCCCAGACACACUUAGCUAAUUUGAUGGGUCAUGUAAUAAUCCGGCCGAAGUGGAGUCUUUUUUGUUUAGACAUGUAGCUAGCUAGGUAGCUAGCUAGCUAAACAAUGAACUGGCAUAAUCCCAACUCAUAAAUCUACCGAUACAAACAUUGCCAUAGCUGUAGUAUGAAUCUGCAGGUAGCUUAAGCUAACAAACUAGGUUCAAUGUUAACUAGCUAACAUUAGGCUAUAACUAGCAAUGCAAAUGAUUUUCUGAUUCAAAUAAUAUCACUACACAGAUCAUACACGUAACGUUAGCUAGCAGGCCAGCAAGCUAUAUGUUCAGUGCAUUCGGAAAGUAUUCAGACCUCUUGACUUUUUCCACAUUUUGUUACGUUACAGCCUUAUUCUGAAAAUGAUUAAAUUGUUUUUUCCCCUCAUCAAUCGACACACAAUACCCCAUAAUGACGAAGCAAAAGCAGGUUUUUAACAUUGUUAACAAAUAAAAUUGAAAAAUGAAAUAUCACAUUUACAUAAGUAUUCAGACCCUUUACUCAGUACUUUGUUAAAGCACCUUUGGCAGCGAUUACAGCCUUGAGUCUUCUUGGGUAUGGCGCUACAAGCUUGGCACACCUGUAUUUGGGGAGUUUCUCCCAUUCUUCUCUGAAGAUCCUCUUUAGCUCUGUCAGGUUGGAUGGGGAGUGUCGCAGCACACCUAUUUUCAGGUCUCUCCAGAGAUGUUAAAUCGGAUUCAAGUCCGGGCUCUGGCUGGGCCACUCAAGGACAUUCAGAGACUUACAUUUACAUUUUAGUCAUUUAGCAGACGCUCUUAUCCAGAGCGACUUACAUGAGCAAUUAGGGUUAAGUGCCUUGCUUAAGGGCACAGACAGAUUUUCCACCUAGUCGGCUCGGGGAUUAGAACCAGCGAUCUUUCGCUUACUGGCACAACGCUCUUACCCACUAAGAUACCUGCCGCCCUUCGGCGGUGUCCCGAAGCCACUCCUGCGUUGUCUUGGCUGUGUGCUUAGGGUCGUUGUCCUAAUGGAAGGUGAACCUUCGCCCCAGUCUGAGGUCCUGAGCACUCUGGAGCAGGUUUUCAUCAACGAUCUCUCUGUACUUUGCUCCGUUCAUCUUUCCCUCGAUCCUGACUAGUCUCCCAGUCCCUGCCACUGAAAUACAUCCCCACAGCAUGAUGCUGCCACCACCACGCUUCACCGUAGGGAUGGUGCCAGGUUUCCUCCAGACGUGACGCUUGGCAUUCAGGUCAAAGAGUUCAAUCUUGGUUUCAUCAGACCAGAGAAUCUUGUUUCUCAUGGUCUGAGAGUCUUUAGUUGCCUCUUGGCAAACUCCAAACUCCAAGCGGGCUGUCAGUUGCCUUUUACUGAGGAGUGGCUUCCGUCUGGUCACUCUACCAUAAAUGCCUGCUUCGUGGAGUACUGCAGAGAUAGUUGUUCUUCUGGAAGGUUCUCCCAUCUCCCCAGAGGAACUCUAGAGCUCUGUCAGAGUGACCAUCGGUUUCUUGGUCACCUCCCUGACCAAGGCCCUUCUCCCCCAAUUGCUCAGUUUGGCCGGGCGGCCAGCUGUAGGAAGAGUCUUGGUGGUUCCAAACUUCUUCCAUUUAAGAAUGAUGGAGGCCACUGUGUUCUUGGGGACCUUCAAUGCUGCAGAAAUAUUUUGGUACCCUUCCCCAGAUCUGUGCCUCAACACAAUCCUGUCUCUGCGCUCUACAGACAAUUCCUUCGACCUCAUGGCUUGGUUUUUGCUCUGACAUACACUGUCAACUGUGGGACCUUUUAUAUAGACAGGUGUGUGCCUUUCCAAAUCAUGUCCAAUCAAUUGAAUUUACCACAGGUGGACUCCAAUCAAGUUGUAGAAACAUCUCAAGGAUGAUCAAUGGAAACAGGAUGCACCUGAGCUCAACUUCGAGUCGCAUAGCAAAGUGUCUGAAUACUUGUGUAAAUAAGGUAUUUCUGUUUUAGUUUUUUAUACAUUUGCAAACAUUUUCAAAAAACCUGUUUUCGCUUUAUCAUUAUGUGGUAUUGUGUGUAGAUUGCUGAGGAAAUGUUUUUAUUUAAUCCAUUUUAGAAUAAGGCUGUAACGUAACAAAAUGUGGAAAAAGUAAAGGUGUCUGAAAUCUAUAGCUCCAUUGAGCUAUAAAACAACGGUAUUGCCUCCACCAUGAGGUCUGAAAAUGUAUAAUGAGCUCACUUUGUGUUGGUAAAGGAAUAGCGCCUUGGCAUAUUUUUCCUGUUCUCAUAUUCUGAGAUUUCUCAGCCUAAAUAAUUAGCCAGAGGGCUAAUUCAAAGAAAGAGACACACUAAGGUAUACCCUUAGUGUCACGCGAAACAUGUAAUCCCCUGUGUAAAUUCACUGUUAAGACUAUUGUUGAUAUAGGAUUGGUAUUAAGGUUAAUGAUAACUACUGAUAAAGCUAAUUCAAUGGUUCUCUCCAGAUCAAAACCUUUAAUGGUGCCCCUCUUCGGUUAAUUUGGAAAGGAUAAAAAAAUGUAUUAGAGUAAUUAGAUCAAAUAAUUAUUCUAGUAAUUGUUCAGGAAAUUAUCUAGCCGAAGUCACAACAAUCUAUAGUUUUAUUUUUGGACAAGACGCAUAGUUUGUAAAAGAAGCUCCACAGUCAGUCAAGCUUCAGCCCUUCGCGUGUUUGGUGUUUCAGCCCUUAACAUGAGUUUUGUUUCCUUUUGCCUUCUCUGCUGACCCUAAGUGAACGUGGUUGGUGAUGGUACGUAUAUAUAUAUACACACAUAUACAUUGGGAGGGGAAAUAACAAAGUAGCAGAACUUGGAUUUGUCUUGAUCUUGACAGUAUUUCUGUUUGACCAUCUGUUUUCUCUUCCAGAGGACGACGUUAAGACCAACGAUGAGAAGGGAGUCAUAGCAGGUCAUUUUUACAUUUACAUUUUAGUCAUUUAGCAGACGCUCUUAUCCAGAGCGACUUACAGUUAGUGCAUACAUUCUUUUUUAUUUUUCAUACUGCCCCCCCCCCCGUGGGAAUCGAACCCACAACCCUGGCGUUGCAAACGCCAUGCUCUACCAACUGAGCUAAUCUGAGCUAAUCACAUUCCGUUUGAUAUCACGUUUAUAAUAAGCAUAUCUAUUGUAUACUAACUACUAUCGAUACAUAAUAACAGGCAGUGAAUUAACACUUUUUUUUAUCUUUCUAUAGCUGAAGAAGAUUUUGAAUCUGGUAGGUAAGUCUUUAUAGAGUCAUGGUAUAGAAAUUGAUAGAUUCUGUAAAUGUUUUGAAAGGCACUAAUGUAAUACUGCAAAAAAUGUGGCAAAGCAAUUAACUUUUUGUCCUGAAAACAAAGUGUUAUGUUUGUUAUCGUUAAGGGUUGGGGAGUGUAUCAGGAUUUAAAAAAAAACAGAAUAGAGCUAAGCACAGGCAGAAUCCUAGAGAAAAACCUGGUUCAGUCUGCUUUCCAGCAGACACUGGGGAGAUGAAUUAACCUUUCAGCAGAACAACAACAUAAAAACACUGGAGAUGCUUACUAAGAAGACAGUGAAUGUUUCUGAGUUUCCGAAUUAUAGAUUUGACUUAAAUCUACUUCAAAAAUCUGUGGCAAGACCUGAAAAUGGUUGUCUAGCAAUGAUCAACAACCAAUUUGACAGAGCGUGAAGAAUUUGGAAAAUAAUGCAAUGUUGCACAAUCCAGGUGUGGAAAGCUUAGAGACUUACCCAGAAAGACUCACAGCUGUAAUCGCUGCAAAAGGUGCUACAAAUAUUUGACUCAGCGGUGUGAAUACCUAUGCAAAUUAGAUAUUUCUGUAUUUUCAUUUUCAAUAAAUGUGUAGAAAAUGGGUGUAGAUGGGUGGGGAAAAAAUAAUAUUUUUUUCAAUUUUGAAUUCAGGCUGUAACACAACAAAAUGUGGAAUAAGUCAAGGGGUGAUAAAUACUUUCUGAAGCACAAUAUCAAAUAAUAUUGUAAUGAAUUUUCCCAGUGUAUUCCGAAGAGGCUGAGGAAGGAACUCAUAUGAUGGAUGGCGUCUACAUCUGUAAGCUGUUUUUGAUUGACAAUUUGAUUGACACUUUUAAUCAAUAAUUGUUAUUUUUGUAAGAUGAUGCCACACCAUAGAUUUACAGCUUUUGUUGUUGUUGUUGUUGUUGAUGUUAAUUUAGUUGUUGUUUUUGUUGUUGAUGUUUCCAGCGGGGUUCCGGUGUAGCUUCCGUCUGUGGCGGAGGAUGACGUCGUGCUCUCCCAACAGCUGGGCUCUGUCCAGCCCCUACGAAGAGGUGGUCAGCUACCAGAGACAGCCUGACGACCCACACAGACUGGUCAUCCUCGUAGGUGACGAGCUCACUGCUUAUAUAUCGUUCAUAUUCUGUAUCAGAGGAAAGAAUGAUGAUAAUAAAAUAUUGGUUUCUUGUCCAGAAAUGAGCCCUUCCUAACCCCUUUCUGAGACAGCACUACACACACACAGCUUAUAGGUUUGGAGUAUCACAUCUGCUGUAGUGUGUAGUGGUGUGUAGUGGUGUGUAACGCGUUGUGUUGUUUCUUCAGGUCCGUCUGGUGUAGGAGUGAAUGAGCUGAGGAAAAGACUGAUCAAACUCAACCCACACACCUUCCAGGGAAACGUGCCUCGUAAGUUCAUACUCCAUCUAUAGUGUCUAGUAUCAUACGUUCUAUUCCCUUAAAGUGCCCUUUUGUAGUUGGACGGAAAUUAUCCAACUGAUGUGUAGAAAUGAUAAUAAUAAACUACAUUUAUCAAUCUGACUCCAUUAUUAUGUAAAUAAGUGCAAAACAGGCGUCUCUAGAGGGUCUAGUCAAGGCCUUACAGCACCACCUAGCAUGACUAUAACUUGUCUAACUUGCACCGUUAUGCAAUUAUUAAAAGGUACGCUAUGCAGGAAUUGCUCCGCCAUUUCCUGGUUAAUACAAUUCUAUAACUCGCAUUUCUAUGUGAAUUUUGUUCUGGGUCACCCAAAAAGUUACAUAUUGCAGCCACUCCCGUUGCUGACAGGUGUAUAAAAUCGAGCACACCGCCAUGCAAUCUCCAUAGACAAACAUUGGCGGUAGAAUGGCCUUACUGAAGAGCUCAAAGACUUUCAACGUGGCACCGUCAUAGGAUGCCACCUUUACAACAAGUCAGUUGGUCAAAUUUCUGCCCUGCUAGAGCUGCCCCGGUCAACUGUAAGUGCUGUUAUUGUGAAGUGGAAACGUCUAGGAGCAACAACUGCUCAGCCGCAAAGUGGUAGGCCACACAAGCUCACAGAAUCGUCUGUCCUCGGUUGCAACGCUCACUACCGAGUUCCAAACUGCCUCUGGAAGUAACGUCAGCACAGGAACUGUUCGUAGGGAGCUUCACAAGCCUAAGAUCACCAUACGCAAUGCCAAGCAUCGGCUGGAGUGGUGUAAAGAUCGCCACCAUUGGACUCUGGAGCAGUGGAAACGCGUUCUCUGGAGUGAUGAAUCACGCUUCACCAUCUGGCAGUCCCACGGACAAAUUUCGGUUUGGCGGAAACAAGGAGAACGCUACCUUCCCAAAUGCAUAGUGCCAACUGUAAAGUUUGGUGGAGGAGGAAUAAUGGUCUGGGGCUGAUUUUUCAUGGUUCCGGGCUAGGCUUCUUAGUUCCAGUGAAGGGAAAUCUUAACAUUACAGCAUACAGUACAAUUACAUUCUAGACGAUUCUGUGCUUCCAACAGUUUGGAAAAGGCCCUUUCCUGUUUCAACGUGACAAUGCCCCCGUGCACAAAGCGAGGUCCAUACAGAAAUGCUCUGUCGAGAUCGGUGUGGAAGAACUUGACUGGCCUGCACAGAGCCCUGACCUCAACCCCAUCGAACACCUUUGGGAUGAAUUGGAAUGCCAACAUUUACAUAAGGCCUAAUUGCCCAACAUCAGUGCUCAACCUCACUAAUGCUCUUGUGGCUGAAUGGAAGCAAGUCCCCGCAGCAAUGUUCCAACAUCUAGUGGAAAGCCUUCCCAGAAGAGUGGAGGCUGUUAUGGCAGCAAAGGGGGGACCAACUCCAUAUUAAUGUCCAUGAUGUUGGAAUGAGAUGUUCGACGAGCAGGUGUCCACAUACUUUUGGUUAUGUAUCUCUGUACUGUAUGUCUCCUCUGUCUCCUCUGUCUCCUCUAUGUCUCCUCUAUGUCUCCUCUCCCCUCCAUGGCCUUUUAUCUUGUCACAUAACAGGAUUUACGUUCUGUUCUGACUGAUGGUAUUAUGUUGUUUUAGUGGUUGUCCUCUGUGGUGGAUGUUGUGAUGUGACGGGAUACAGGUUGGUUGUAAUUCUGUGUUGAUGGGUUGUCUUACAUCGUCCUCAGACACAACGCGACCAGCCAGAGAUGGAGAGGAGACUGGAAGAGAAUAUCAUUUUGUCACCAAAGAGCUGUUUGAGUACAUGGUGUGCAACCACAGGUAAUGCUAGUGAUUUGUUUUAUUUUUGUUUUAUUAUUUGUUUUAAUAAUUGCUAGUAGCCUAGCUGUUAGACUGUGCUUAGGGUUGUUGUCCUGUUGGAAGGUGAAUCUUCCCCCAGAGCUCCUGAGUGCUCUGGAGCAGGUUUUCAUCAAGGAUCUCUCUGUACUUUGCUCCGUUAAUCUUUCCCUCGAUCCUGACUAGUCUCCCAGUCCCUGCCACUGAAAAACAUCCCCACAGCAUGAUGCUGCCACCACCAUGCUUCACCGUAGGGAUGGUGCCAGGUUUCCUCCAGACGUGACGCUUGGCAUUCAGGCCAAAGAGUUCAAUCUUGUUUCAUCAUACCAGAUAAUAUUUUUUCUCAUGGUCUGAGAGUACUUUAGGCCUGAUUGGUGGAGUGCUGCAGAGAGGAUUAUCCUUCUGGAAGGUUCUCCCAUCUCCACAGAGGAACUCUAGAGCUCUGUCAGAGUGACCAUCCGGUUCUUGGUCACCUCUCUGACCAAGGCCCUUCUCCCCCGAUUGCUCAGUUUGGCCGGGCGGCCAGCUCUAGGAAUAGUCUUGGUGGUUCCAAACUUCUUCCAUUUAAGAAUGAUGGAGGCCACUGUGUUCUUGGGGACCUUCAAAGCUGCAGAAAUGUUUUGGUACCCUUCCCCAGAUCUGUGCCUCGACACAAUCCUGUCUCGGCGCUCUACGGACAAUUCCUCACGAUCUCAUGGCUUGGUUUUUGUUCUGACAUGCACUGUCAACUGUGGGACCUUAUAUUUAUAUAUAUAUAUAUAUAUAAGGUGUGUGCCUUUCCAAAUCACGUCCAAUCAAUUGAAUUUACCAUAGGGGUCCAAUCAAGUUGUAGAACUAUCUCAAGGAUGAUCAAUGGAAACAGGAUGCACCUGAGCUCAAUUUCGAAUCUCAUAGCAAAGGGUCUGAAUAUACUUAUGUAAAUACGUUUACUUAUGUAAAUAAGGUAUUUCUGUUUGUAAUUUUUUAAUACAUUUGCGAAAAUGUCUCUACCUGUUUUCGCUUUGUCACUAUGGGGUAGUGUGUGUAGAUUGAGGAUUUCUUUUUAUUCAAUCCCAUUUUAGAAUAAGGCUGUAACGUAACAAAAUGUGGAAAAAGUCAAGGCGUCUGAAUACUUUCCGAAUGCGCUGCGUAUUAUUAAUUUAACCAGGAAAAUACCCUUUAGAGUUAAACUUUCUUGGCUCUUUUUUUCGUUUCAGAAUCCAGUAAGAGAUGAAACAGAGUACAACGGGGAUUUGAUAUGUUCAUUGUUGUAAUAUAAGUGGUUGUAAUAUAGUUGUAAUCAAUCGAUUUUGAUAAUGUAUCUUUGGGUCUGUCCUAGGUUCCUUGAGCAUGGUGAAUAUAAAGGCCAUCUGUAUGGGGCCAGUAUCGAUGCCGUCAGAGACGUGAUAGACAGUGGAAGGAUGUGUGUUAUUGACAUUCAGCCACAUGUAAGUUAUAUUCCUAUACUCCUGUAUCUAUGGGAAGGUUUUUUUACACCACAGAUAUCACAGCAGGAAAAAUUAUUAAUUGUGGAACACUUAACCUUUUUAUAAUGGGUUGGUAAAAGAGUUUAAAAUUAAGUUGUUAAUAUAUACUGUAACUGCCAUUUAUUAAUUUAUUUUAUACCAUAUGUUUGUAUGUAUUUGUAUGUUUCAGAGUAUCCUGUCUGUGAGGAAUAAGACGUUCAAGCCUUAUGUCAUCUUUAUAAAGCCUCCCAGUAAAGAACGACUGAGAGAGACACGGAGGGAGGCACGCAUUUUCACCAGCCAUGUCGUCAACAGACCUUUUAAAGUGAGAUCUCCUUACAUGAAUGUGUUGUCACUGGUCAAGCCAUCCUUUUUUGGAUGUAGAUAAUUAGGGUUGUAAAGAUUCACUGAUACGCCUCGGUCCCGAUUCAAAUGUUUAAGAUAGUACGUUACAAAUCGCCGGUUCACUAAAAUGUGUUGCUCAUAUUACUCAUCAUUCUACCAUUUCUGAAAAUCAUCUUUUGUGUAAAACUGAUGCGUCCUUCAGUGUCGAACUGCACGUAACUGUAUUGACAUCCAUUGAUCUACAAGUCAUGUUGCAUUGCCGAACAAACCCAGGCAAUAUCAGUAGCCUAGUCAAACUACUCGCUGUGCCCAGCUUCGCCCGCUGACCAACAUGAGGUAGGCGGCCUUGAGAUGCUCUAAUGGUCUUGCGUGAUAUUAGGCUUUUAUUAGUUGAGUGAUGUCAUAGUGAUGUCAUGCCUGAACGGGGUAUUACAAUAGAUUUUAUUUUGAUUGCUCGGGUUCACCAUCUGCAAUAGUUUUUAAUAGUUUUACUUUAAACAAUCCGUGUAUAUUGGUCAUUUUUAGAUAUACAGGGUAAAGUUAAUCAUGUCUCCCUAAUGGCUCUAAUCUGAUAGUGGUAGUGGGGUGGUACAGACAGACAGACAGCUCAGACAGACAGACAGACAGCUCAGACAGACAGACAGACAGCUCAGACAGACAGACAGACAGACAGCUCAGACAGACAGUCAGCUCAGACAGACAGUCAGCUCAGACAGACAGUCAGCUCAGACAGACAGACAGACAGACAGACAGACAGACAGACAGACAGACAGACAGACAGACAGACAGUCAGCUCAGACAGACAGACAGACAGUCAGCUCAGACAGUCAGCUCAGACAGACAGACAGACAGACAGACAGCUCAGACAGACAGCUCAGACAGACAGACAGUCAGCUCAGACAGACAGUCAGCUCAGACAGACAGUCAGCUCAGACAGACAGUCAGCUCAGACAGACAGUCAGCUCAGACAGACAGACAGUCAGCUCAGACAGACAGACAGACAGACAGACAGACAGACAGACAGACAGACAGUCAGCUCAGACAGACAGACAGACAGACAGACAGUCAGCUCAGACAGACAGACAGACAGACAGUCAGCUCAGACAGACAGACAGACAGACAGACAGACAGACAGACAGACAGACAGACAGUCAGCUCAGACAGACAGACAGUCAGCUCAGACAGACAGACAGACAGACAGUCAGCUCAGACAGACAGACAGACAGUCAGCUCAGACAGACAGACAGACAGACAGACAGUCAGCUCAGACAGACAGACAGUCAGACAGCUCAGACAGACAGUCAGCUCAGACAGACAGACAGACAGACAGUCAGCUCAGACAGACAGACAGACAGUCAGCUCAGACAGACAGACAGACAGUCAGCUCAGACAGACAGUCAGCUCAGACAGACAGUCAGCUCAGACAGACAGACAGACAGCUCAGACAGACAGCUCAGACAGACAGCUCAGACAGACAGACAGUCAGCUCAGACAGACAGUCAGCUCAGACAGACAGGCAGCUCAGACAGACAGACAGACAGUCAGCUCAGACAGACAGACAGACAGUCAGCUCAGACAGACAGACAGACAGACAGACAGACAGACAGUCAGCUCAGACAGACAGACAGUCAGCUCAGACAGACAGACAGACAGUCAGCACAGACAGACAGACAGACAGUCAGCUCAGACAGACAGACAGCUCAGACAGACAGUCAGCUCAGACAGACAGACAGUCAGCUCAGACAGACAGACAGACAGUCAUCUCAGACAGACAGACAGACAGUCAGCUCAGACAGACAGACAGUCAGCUCAGACAGACAGACAGACAGUCAGCUCAGACAGACAGACAGACAGACAGUCAGCUCAGACAGACAGACAGACAGUCAGCUCAGACAGACAGACAGACAGUCAGCUCAGAGAGGCCCAGUUUAUGAGCUCAAUCAGCAGCAGAUUUUAAUUUAGAACGGAAAAUGAAUGUGUUUAAGCAACAAAUAUUAGUGCAUCGAAUCGUAUCGCGUCGAACCGAUUCGUUCUCUAAUCAAACCAAAUCGCAUCGUAUCAUUCCUGUAUCGUAUCGGAGCACAUGUAUCUAGAUGCGUAUCGAAUCGUCUUGAAAGGUAAUGAUGCACAUCCCUAUUGAUAAAUGUUUACAUUUCAUUUCUACACUGAGUGUACAAAACAUUAAGGACCCCUGCUCUUUCAAUGACACACUCAAUAUUAGGAAGGUUUUCUGAAUGAUUUGUACACUCAGUGUAUAUAUUUGAUGUAAAUAAUUAUGUUAAUGCAUUCAAAUAUACUAUACUAUACUAUACUAUACUAUACUAUACUAUACUAUACUAACCCGCCUCCUCAUAUUCUGUCUUGGAUAAUCAAACUAGUCAGACGCGCUUGAGUUCCUCUGUUUUCUAAGGCUCCUCCUCCCCUCCCUGAAGCCCCUCCUUCUCUCAUCCCCCCACCCAGGAUGUUGACUUUGAGAAGAUGGAGGAUGCUGCCAGGUUCAUGGAGGAGAAGUAUGGUCAGUUCUUCGACAGUGUCAUAGUCAACGAGGGGCUGCAGGACGCCUGUAUUCAGCUGUUUAAUACCAUACAGCUGGCUCAGGAGGGACCACAGUGGAUACCUGCCACAUGGCUCUGUACUGACGACUAGAGAAAGGAGAGAGGAGGGGAGAAGAGGAGAGGAGGGGGGAGAGAGGAGGGCAGGAGAGGAGGGGAGAGGAGAAGGGUGGAGGAGAGGAGAGGAGAGGAGGAGGGAGGAGGGGAGAGGAGAAGGGUGGAGGGGAGAGGGGAGAGGAGGAGGGUGGAGGAGAGGAGGGGAGGGGAGGAGAGGAGAGGAGGUGGAGGAGAGGAGAGGAGGGGAGAGGUGGAGGGCAGGGGUGGAGGGCAGGAGAGGAGGGGAGGGGAGAGGAGGAGGAGGGUGGAGGGCAGGAGAGGAGGGGAGAGGAGGAGGGUGGAGGAGAGGAGAAAGGGGAGAGGAGGAGUGUGGAGGAGCGGAGGGGAGAGGAGGAGGGUGGAGGGCAGGAGAGGAGGGGAGAGGAGGAGGGUGGAGGGCAGGAGAGGAGGGGAGAGGUGGAGGGCAGGAGAAAGGGGAGAGGAGGAGGGUGGAGGAGAGGAGAAAGGGGAGAGGAGGAGGGUGGAGGGCAGGAGAGGAGGGGAGAGGAGGAGGGCAGGAGAGGAGAGGAGAGGAGAGGAGAGGAGAGGAGAGGAGAGGAGAGGAGAGGAGAGGAGAGGAGUA